GUUAAAUCUUUCGGAAAGCCGUGCUCGCGGUUAUGUGGCAACAUGGAAAUGGUUCUAGAUAACUUGAAGUCAAUUUAAUUAAAGGGAGUGACUAAUGAACAGUCGUCUGUUUUUAAAUUCAUGUCAGGUCGUUUUUUGUUCCAAUAGCUGAUUGACACGGGUCUAAGUAUGUUUCUUUUCUUUCCUGCUUCAUCAGUACAGAAAAACGUUUGUUUUCUUUCAUGCUUCAGGUCAAAAAUCUGCCCAAGCCUAUUGGGCUCCUAGCGGACCCGUUAACACAAAAACGUGUAGGCUGCCCACCGAGCCCUGCCCACCACCCCUGUGUCUCACCUGUUUAGCGAACUGGGUUGGCCCCCGAUCUCCAAUCUCCCCACCCCAGUCCAAAGCCUUUUCGUCCCGAUCACCUUCUUCUUCUGCAAGUAAAAGCUUUGUGCAGGGGCUGACGGGGGAGAAGACAUGGAUCCUUGCGAUCCAGAUCUGGGAUACUUGGAGCCGCCGCAUACUGACCAUGCCCAAACUAAGGAGGGUGAUGCUGCUUACGAUCAAGAGCGAAACCACCUGGAGCCAUCCCAAGGGGAAACAUCUCAGGGCACAGUUGUUAUGGGUGGAGAACACACACCUGAUCCAAACAAAACAAACGUGGAGGUUGAGCGGGAGGAGGCAUCUCGAGGUGAUGGUGCUUAUAAUCCAGAGCACAGUCGCCUCAAGCCACACCAAGGCACCAAGGUAAAACAUCACAGCGAUGCGAAUGAGGACAUGCAAGAUAUAUGCAUUGGAAGCCAGGAAGCUCUAUUCAUGGAGCCGAACUUCUCUUAUGUGGCGUUGUUGAAGGGUUAUAUUGACAUAAAUGGAGGCUAUGAGCCAAUCAAUACCCAGGGGCGGGAGUCGUGCUCGAGCGAUACUGACAAUGGUCAAACAAAUGAUGGGGGUGAACCUCUGCUGCAAUUACACCAAACAAAGACUGGGGGCAUCAACGAGAACAAGAAAACAAGCCAUGAGUAUUUAUGCAUGUUGGGUGACUUUGUUGAAGACCAAGACAAUUCUCCAGUGCAAUUGGAGGGUCUGGAUGCACAAACAACAACUUUUCAUGAUAUUCUCUUGGAUCCAUGGAAGCCAACCCUCUUUGAUGAUAUUCUCUUGGAUCAGGUUGACAGAAACAAUGAAGGAACAAGAGGGGCUUUUGAGAGAGAGCAAAAUCAUACCUGGAAUCUCGACUCCCCAACAUAUGUUGAUGAUGGUUCCUCCAGAGAGUCUCGAGAGGCAGAAACAUCAACAAAUGCAUGCUGCCUGCAAGUUCCAAACAGCGAGAAUGAAAACAAUGAUAUCAAUGAAGAAACCAUAGACGAAUUUUUGGAAAAUGAAAGAUGGGCCGCAGAAGGAGGAAAUGACCGAUCAAUUGAUAGUGAGCUCAAACCUAAAACGGGGAUGCAAUUUUCCACGAGGGAAGAAGCUCAAAAGUUCUUAAACUUCUAUGCCUUUGUAGCUGGUUUCUCCAUAUCAGUCGUGUCGACUGCCCGCACAACCAACAAAAAAAGGAAUGGAGAGGUUGUAAGGGUAACACUAAAAUGCAACAAAUAUGGGCAUAAUACAGAGACUGAGAGAGAAAACUUGAUAGUACACAGAAAAAGCACUGUCAUAGCAAAGACAGAUUGCAAAGCGCAAAUGAUAGUCGCUUUGAAAGAUGGAAGAUGGCAUAUAACUAACCUCAAUCUUGAUCAUAACCAUGAUCUCAACCCUGGAAGUAGGUUUUUUCGAUCUCAUGUUUACAUGUCUGAUGAAGAGAAGGCCUUGAUCAGAACAAUGAAAAGGUGCAACAUUCCUACAAGGAAAAUAGUGGCAGUGUUGGCAUACAUAAGAGGAGGAAUGGACAAGCUACCAUACAACAAAAGGAAAGUGGGUAACUAUGGUACAACAAUAAACAGAGAAUUGGAAAACAGUGAUGUCAUGGAAGUGCAGCAGUACUUCCAGAAGAAACAAGCUGAGAGCCCUGGAUUUUGCUACUCAAUGGAAGUAGAUGCAAAAAACAAGGUCAGGAGCGUUUUUUGGACAGAUGCUAGAUCUAGAACAAUGUACCAAGAGUAUGGGGACUGCAUCAGCUUUGACACAACAUUCCUAACCAACAAGUACAACUUGCCGUUUACACCAUUUGUUGGUAUUUCUCCACAUGGGAAGACAUACUUGUUUGCAUGUGCUCUUAUUGUCAACGAGACUGCUAACACAUUCAAGUGGUUGUUCCAACAGUUCUUGGCAGCAAUGGGAGGGAAGGCACCAAAAUCAAUAAUUACUGACCAGGACAAAGCAAUGGAAAGCGCAAUAAAAGAUGUGUUUCCACAAGCAACACACAGAACAUGCUUGUUCCAUGUCAUGAAGAAAGCUGAAGAACAAAUGUGCAGAGUGUUUCAACUGAAUCAAGGGCUGUAUGAGGACUUUCACGACAUAGUCAAUAACUCAUUGACAGAGAAAGAAUUUGAAACACUAUGGCAAACAAUGAUUGAAACUUACAAUGUGGGUGAGGUGAAAUUUUUCCAAGACAUGUGGAAAACAAGAAAAAAGUUUGUGCCAGUGUACUUCAAGACAAAGUUUUUCCCAUUCAUCCAAACAACGGCCAGGAGUGAGGGCACAAAUGCUUUGUUCAAGAAAGGGGUUGGUGCACAGUUCAGCAUGACAAGCUUCUUGCGAGAAUACCAGAGAAUACUAGACAACAUCCAUGCAAAUGAGGAUGAGCUCGACCAUAAUGCAACGCACAAGAAAGUUUCUUGGAAAACAUUUACUACUAAGUAUUACAUCGAGAGACAAGCACACAAUCUGUACAACAUAAGCAUCUUUAGGAAAUUUCAAAUCAUCCUCAAUGAUGUAACAAGACUGCAAAUCAGAGAAGAGGAAAGUAUGAAGCUAUACAUGGUAUACCAGGCAAAGAAUUACUACAAACAAGAACAUAGGGCAAGGCUUUAUGUGGUGCAAGUGGAUGCUGACCGGGACGAUUACUCCUGCAUUUGUUGCAAGUUUGAAAAGGAUGGCAUUUUGUGCUGUCAUAUUCUGAAAGUGAUGUUGCAUCUUGAGGUGGAUAAGAUACCAGACAAAUACAUAAUAGACAGAUGGAGAAAGGAAGGCAAGAAAAUGAAUAAACCCAAGGCGAUUCCACUGAAAUUAGAUAAUGAUCAACUAAGGUACAAUGUCCUAGGGAUGAAGCUAAUGGAGCUUGGCUCAAACGCAUCAAAGAGUCAACGGAAAUUUGAGCACCUACUAUCAGCAAUGGUCAGAAUUCAACAAGACUUGAUUGAUAUGGACAUGGAAGGAGAAGAUGAAGUGGAUGAGCAAGGAGAGCAAACAGAGGAGUGCAGCAAGUCCAACAGGACAAUAGGGACACUAACAGCUAUGGUACAGAGUAGGAACAGCAAUUCGACUGUUGAGCUACUGAAUCCUGACAAGGCUCACACAAAAGGUCGCCCACGAUUGAUGACAAUACAAGAACGCAUAAAAACCAAGACAUUCUACAAGUGCAGCCACUGCCAUGAUCCAACUCACACAAAAAGGAAAUGCACUAAUCUGGAUAAGGUGUACGAAUUCCCGAAAAAGAAGAGAUCGAGGAAAGCAAACCAGACAAAAACAGCUGAUGCAGGGCGAAACUAUUCUGGGAGUGGAAACAACAAAGAGACCAUCACCAGCAACUUACCUACCGAUAUGAAUAUUCAAGUGCAUCAAUGAAGUUGCUCCUGCUGUGCCACUCAAUCUCCCUCUGCUCGUACCCUGCGUGGAUGGAGAAAAGGAGUAGAGAAGACUAUUUAGAUUGGUGAUUGCAUGAACUUCGUGUAAAAAAAUAUUGAGAGAGAAAACAUGUCUACAUAUUCUGGAUUAGCUUAUUUGAACUGCAGAAUAAGCACAAAUGUGUGUAUUUUAGACUAAA